GUACCGUUUGAAGUAAAAAAUCGAGUGAACAGUGCUGUACAAGUGGCUAACAGUAUAAAAGCAAUCAGUCAAAAACUGCAGAUACCGGCAUGGAAGCCGAAUGAAAGUGAACUGAAUAAUCCAGAAGAAAUGUUUGACAAUGUUCUCAAAGAAUUGAAUUCAGUAAAAAGUAUUGAUGUAAAAACAAAAGAAUAUUCGGAUGAAGAAUUAAUCACUCGUACGAGUGGUGGUAUGGUAUUGUACGGUAUUUCUCUUAUUGAUCCUGCACGUUUAGGAGAAAAAGCACCGAGACCAGUGUUACGUCCACCCAUUUACUGUCAAUUGAAUUCAGCGAGUUUACCAUACUAUUCUGUUUCCCAUAAAUUCACCAGCACCGAAGCCAACAAUCAAUUUUUUGAAAAUUGA